CCGUGAGUACCAGUCUCGAGCCCCACGCAGCAUCCGAGAUAUAAUAGCAUCAUUGAGUUUGGCGUAUAGAGAGCGAAUAGACCAUAUGAAAAGAGGAAGACAAUCAUUAUUUAUUAACCUGUGAGCUCAUUUACUGGAAUAUUUGGUUGAAGUAUCGUUACUCAUUCUCUAUGGAUAUAAAAUAGGGACAAACCAUCUUUAUAUUCUUUCAUUUACCUUUUUUAUCUGGACGGCCAGUAAAGCAUCCUGCGUUAAUUCUCAAAAUGGCUGAGAUUACAGAAUUACGACCUGCAUAUGACAUGUCACCGGUGCUGGCUGGUUUUAUCGGUGCAGCGGCGCUGGUGGUUGCCGUGGUGAUCCUGGUUCUCCUGUGGUCCUUCUGCCAGCGUCGCAACCUCCGGGUGAUGGGCCGCUACAAGCCCCAUGGCAAUCAGUACUGUGACUCGGCUGAAUACCCGCCCUACAAGUUCAUCCACAUGCUGAAGGGCAUCAGUAUCUACCCAGAGUCCCUCAGCAGCAGCAAGAGGAUAGUACGGGUGGCCAGGCGUGCUGGGUGGCAGGGGGAGAGAGACAGAGAGAGGGGUGGUGGCCGUGGGAUGGUCCUGGUGGAUGCUGAGAACAACAUCCUGGAUGCGCCUACCCAUCUCCAGAUGAGCCACCUGGUGCCCCCUGCUGGCCAGCCCAGAAUGGAGCGGGCACUGCCCGUCAGGGCCGACUACUGCUGCCUGGAUAGCUCAGCUACCAGUAGCGAGAACAGCAGCAAGACCGUUUCACCUUUCACCCCCGCAUCCUCCGACCCAGAAUCAGAGCCUGAAACCAGCCUGGGCUCCCUCAGCCUGGCUUUAGACUACAACUUCCCCAAGAAGGCCUUGGUGGUGACCAUCGUUGGAGCCCAUGGCCUGCCUGCAGUAGACGAACAGGGGAACAGCUCCGACCCCUACGUGAAGAUGACCAUCCUCCCUGAGAAGAAGCACCGGGUGAAGACCAGGGUCCUGAGGAAGACGCUGGAGCCGGUGUUUGACGAGACGUUCACGUUCUAUGGCGUGGCCUACAGCUCGCUGCCCGAGCUCACACUGCACUUCCUGGUGCUCAGCUUCGACCGCUUUGCCCGAGAUGAUGUCAUAGGGGAGGUGGUGGUCCCGCUGACAGAGUUGGAACCCAGCACGGGGCGGGUGCACAUCACGCAGCAAAUCAGCAAGAGGAACAUGCAGUGCGAGAGCCGUGGGGAGCUGUUGGUGUCUCUGUCCUACCAGCCUGUCUCCCACCGCCUCAGUGUGGUGGUGCUGAAGGCCAAACACCUGCCCAAGAUGGACAUCUCUGGCCUGUCCGGAAACCCAUAUGUGAAGGUCAAUGUGUUCUACGGACGCAAGCGCAUCGCCAAGAAAAAGACGCACGUGAAGAAGUGCACGCUAAACCCCGUCUUCAACGAGUCCUUCAUCUACGACGUGCCCCCCGAGCUGCUCCCUGAGAUCUCCGUGGAGUUUGUGGUGGUCGACUUUGACCGUACCACUAAGAACGAGGUGGUGGGGCGUCUGCCCCUCGGCCUGCACAGCCCCUGUCCCUCUGGCGCCGCCCACUGGCGGGAGGUCUGCGAAAACCCCCGUCGGCAGAUCUCAAAGUGGCACAACCUCAGUGAAUACUAGCUCCUCACAACACCUAAUGCAUAUAGUUCUACCUGUGUAUAGGGGGAGGUGGAGGAGGGGAAGAGAGGGACUUCUUGCCGAGAGAGUGGCUUUUCCUCAUGCCAUACUUUCUCUUGUGAAUAAUACCAACAAAAAAAUGGAACAACAUUCCUGGUGGGACUUGUACAGUGGACUUUACAGUGGUUAAGGUUCAAUUACAGGAUCGAAUCAAAGUAACAAACAUGCAUACAGAUAAACAUACACAUAUAUAACCCACACCACUACAGAAUUAUAGAGACACUCAGUCUCCGCAUUUGGUUAAGAGUAAUGAAAAUAAAAAAGUUGUUUGUUAACCAAAAUCUGACCAGGAUCACACAUUGAAGGCUGUUAUGAAUUAUUGUCUGGCCAUGUUGUAUGAAGUUUAGAUGACGGGAUACAUGCAAAUGCUUAAAAAAAAAGAAUUGUCAGACUUCAAAAUCCUCCCCUUGACAUUAUUGUACUUCAUUUCAUUGCAUGUCUGAAUUAAACAGAAAUAUCAUCAAAUCAAAUGUAGUAAGGAAACAGAAGUAUUGCUUAUAUUGAUAGUGAGAAUUUUUUUCUCUCUCUUAAAAUGAGAAAAUCUCAUGCAACCGACUGUCUGUUGAGUUUCUCUGAAGGUAGCAACAAAUAGGACAGCUAGAAAUUUCUACCCCAUGAAAUGUUUUGGGGCCUAACUGUUGUCGUUUAGUGGCAUUACCAUAUUUGAUGACAAGCUCUGUAUCUAACAUGAAAACCAUCAAGGUUUCAAACCAAUUGAUGCUUUGUUGUUAAGACAAAUGUGAUUUCACUGCAAAUAUAUUUAUUUUGGGUCCAUUUUUAGAACUAAUUCGGUCUGAAAAUAUGAACGUAAUAAACAACCAAAACAUUAUUACAUGGAUACAUGUGAUCACAAGAAAUAUGACAUCUUCUCAUACUGUGGCAUUAAAAAAAGCAUUCACCACAGUAUAAGCGAAUAUACUGAAAUAUCACUGCAGGAGGUUAGUCUUAGUACUGUAAUAACCAGGUAAUAACACAUGCUAGUUAGCAGCUUGUAGUGCCAGAAGAUGUUUUUUGAAAGUCACUGAUAUUAUUGUGAAAAAUGGUUUUGACAUGAAGAGUUGUAAAGGGUCAUGUUUUGCUGUGUGGUUUCCAAAAGGUUUAUACAGUAUGUUCCACUAUUUUUGCCUUUGCUGACAUACUCAUCUUUUAGGACUCGAUUCAAUCCGAAUCACCGAAGUUCUGCGCUAUAGCGAGCUUGAAAUGUAAACGUAAUUUUUUAUUGAGCUGACAUAUGCAGCGUUUACCGUGAAUGCAGUCUUCGCGAACUUGGGAACAUUGCCUUUACAUUGCCUUUACAUUUCAAUAGCACUGAACUUGAGCGAUACGGAUUGAAUCGAGCCCUUCGUGUGUUUUUGCCUCUUUCAUUUGGCUAAUUUCAAGAAUAUAUUGUAUAAAAGAACAGUACUUUAUAUCUUGAAGGCAACAAUUUUCUAUAGUGAAUAGCCUCACAGGUUGAAGCUCCUGUAUGUUGUUGGUGAUACUCUGUGUGUGUGUGUGUGUGUGGAGACUGCAGAGCCCAGGUGCACUGUUUAGAACAAUAUAAGUGGUGAUGGGGUUCAGAGCAGGACAUGGCAGUGGGGUGGCUACUGCUAGCUUCUGGCUUGGCUAGGCUUUUGACCAGAAGGACGAGACACAGGUGGGCAAACCCCCACGCGUCCAUUGUCACCAACCACUCCAUCCUCUCUUCCUCCUCUUUUUCUCUCGCUCUCUCACUCUCUCUCAAUCUCCUUCGCACUUUCUUUCUAGCUCUCUCUCUUUACAGUCCCUUAUUUCCUCAAUCUCCUUCGUUCUCCCCUGUCUCCUCUCUUUAACUCAUCUUUGCACCUUCUUUCUUUGUCUUUUUAUUUGGAUCACUAAUAUCUCAAAUUCUUUUUAAUGCUUCAUUCCUCAUAAUGAGAGAAGCCACAGUAUUUGACAGAUUAGUGAACCCAUCAUAACACCUAUCACACUCUGUGAGGAUUUGGCUGUAUGACUGUGAUGCUCUGUCAUCAUUGUACCCCGUAGGCCAGGGGUGUCAAACUCAUUCUAUGGAGGGCCUAGUGUCUGCAGGUUUGUCUUUUUUCUUUUCAAUGAAGCCCUAGACAACAAGCUGUGGAGAGUUCCUUACUAAUUAGUGACCAUAAUUCAUCAAUCAAGUACAAGGGAGGAGCAAAAACCUGCAGACACUCAGCCCUCUGUGGAAUGAGUUUGACACCUGUGCUGUAGGCCUACUCAGUGGAGACAUGGGGAGCUGUAAGUCUAGCUGCAAUGGCUUUACAUCACACUGUGUAACAUUUACUGCAGUGCAGUCUGGCAAAUUGACUGUACAAAACUCUGGGAGGACAGUAAUCUCAGUGAAGCCAAGGUGAAAAUACUUAAGACUACAGGUUUGUGUCUUGACAGGGCAAGGGGAAGGCAUAAAAUUGUGUUGCAAUACAUAUAAGCUGCCUUGUUUGCUUAUGGCAGCAAAGUCCUGUGAUCAGAACCCCCACCAUUUUGACUGUCUAUAGCCCCGUUUAUACCUGGCGCUAACAUGGGUCCUUUGUCCUGAUCUUGUCUACAUUCUGAUUGUGCCCACCUUUCCAGAAGUGUGUCUACACAUGGUAUUAAAAUGAGUCUGUUAUCCGUCCACUGUGUCUGCAUUGUGACCAGAGUUCCUGGUCCCUUCCUUUAUGCAAAUAAUUUCACAGCUAUAAUAUUUGUAUAUGUAUUUACUGUAAGACACAUAUUGAUGUAAUCAGCGAAAACUGAUUUUAGAGACCGGAGUAAUGAUGAUUUAAAUGGUUUCUCUGUACAGAUCUGUCUACACUUGUAAGAUGUCCAGACACAAUAAGAUCACAAUCAGAUCACAAUGUGUCUUUUGAUUGUCAACACCUGUCUAAAAAUGUGGGCACAAUCAGAAUGUGGACAAGAUCAGGACAAAGGACGCAAGUUAGAACAAGGUAUAAAAGGGGCUUACUUCACCUCGUCUCCCCACCUUUGACCUUCAGUGUAGUUCUUUCCUUUGUUGAAAUACCCUUGUUAACCAAUUUGGAAUAAAAUAUGAAACGUAAUGUAAACAAACUGUAAUAAUGACUGAUCGUGGACUGGUACAAAUUAUUAUUUCAAGGUAUCUUCUGUCCAAAUACAUGGAGUUAAACUAUGUAAUGAAAUACUUGCCAGUAAUGCAAUCAGUGUCUAAAACUUUAAUUUCCCUAUAUGCUGAGUAUAUUACGCGGAUGCUAACUUGUGUGUUUUUUUCAUUAACAGUCAUUCAACGUGCAAAUAAAAAGUUAUACUCCA